GCGUCGGAGACCAUAGCAGUAAGUGCUAUCACUGCGGCCAUGAAUGAAUGGAGUAGCAAGACAUGCAUCACGUUUAAGAAGAGGACAACAGAGAAAGAUUAUGUAGAGUUCUUCAAGGGGAAAGGGUAAGUGUCUGAAUGAAAUAUAGAAUUACUCAACAAAACUGCACUCUCCUUCUUUGAUAACAACUGUGGCUAGGCCUUCGACACAACCUUGAUCUACUUGCUAUAUCAGUUGAGUCAUUUUUCAAAUAGCUCAGUAGCUUUUGAGAGCCUUGGACAGGGAUUCUGGAAUUAGCUUUUUGUGCUUUCCCCCCCGUUUUUUAGAUGUUCAUCCUACGUUGGCAGAAUUAGCGGAAAGCAGAUAAUCAAUUUGGCAAGAGGGUGUUGGCAAAUGGGUACUGUCGCUCAUGAGAUGGGUAUGCGACUUUAGACCUAUUUUAAUAAAAGAAUUAGUUUAGUUUUUUAAUUAACGUGGGAUCUAACACGUUAAGGGAACCGUUAAAGCAAAUUUAGCUUCAGUUGAUCAUGUCCUCCCUUCCGCCCGGCCAUGCAUUAAGUAAAUGAAAUGGGAAUACUGUUCCACAAAAUUUCGAUCCAGUCGUCACUUAAAAGAAUUCCGCCAAACUCCACUACAUAAUCCUGACAUUUUGCAUUUAAUCUUUGCAUCUCAUCUAACUGAAAGGGAAGAAUGACUGACGUUUUUUAUUUAUCGAUUGUAAUUCGGCUCACCACCAAUAUUCAGCUUGCUUAAUUACGUGUGCUCAAUCGUUGUAUUCAAUUAUCAAUUUCCAGCUCACGCUCUUGGCUUUUACCACGAACAGUCCCGUCCAGACAGAGAUGAUUACGUCACCAUCCGAACUGAAAACAUUAAAGCAGGUAAGAACGUAGUCUGUUACACGGCCGUUUUCAGUGUCAUCACGCAACGCGACUCUAAAAACGGCUGUGUAGCAGACUAGUAAGAACGAUGAAAUAAUUAAUUGGUUUACCUUACCUUCCGUUAAGUUUUUACAAAUUUGAUCAAAUAAAGAGCAUCGCUAUUACUUAUAGCUUUGAGUUGUUAUUAUCCCUCGUUCAUCGCCCCGCCGGAAUGCCGGUUGUCAAUCUUUUUUUCUGUGACUCUCUUCGCGGAGAAUAGAUAUUCAGGUUUGAAUGGUACUCUGAACAAGGGGCCAGCUACACAAAUAGGAAUUUCCUUGACAAGCUAGUUUUCCUUCUUCACAACUGUUUUUCUACCUUUUCAAAUUAAAACUUGGCAAGCCUCCGGCCAUUUUACACAAGCAGGAAGCAAAUCAACAACGUCAUCGUCAUCAUCAUCAUCACCAUCAUCAUCAUCAUUAUCAUCGUCAUCGUCAUCGUCAUCGUCAUCGUCAUCGUCAUCGUCACCGUCACCAUCAUCAUCAUCAUCAUCAUCACCACCACCACCACCACCACCACCAUCAUCAUCAUCAUCAUCAUCAUAUCAUCACCACCACCAUCAUCAUAAUUAUCACCAUCAUCAUCAUCAUCAUCAUCAUCAUCAUCAUCAUCAUCACCAUCAUCAUCACCACCACCACCAUCACCAUCAUCAUCAUCAUCAUCAUCAUCAUCAUCAUCAUCAUGCACAUCAUUAUCAUCAAAUCCUUUAUUUUAAUACGAUAACAGUUCAAAGACAAUCUGGGGUCGUGUAAAAACAGGUUAAAAGUUAUAACAUUACUCAGGGGUAAAAAAAUUCUCCAAGGAAAAAUAUUGCAUAAGAAAUUAUUAAACAAGAGUAUAAGAACGAAUUUCCGUCAUUUCUUCUUGGCGCUUCGAUCCGUUAUAUCGGUUUCUCUCACAUAGGCAACUUUUGGCCGUGAAACAUACAAUCAUUUUCAGCCCUAUUUUACAUCAUGAUUAGUAACUGUUUUCAUUCAGUGAACUUUUCCACGGGGAGAAUUUAACUUAUGCUCAAUAUGUCAUGUUCAUAUUCCUUUAAGCAAAGCAAUUAAUAAAUAGAUAUUUUGUUCCUUUCUUCUUUCAAAAUAUAUAGGCUUUGAGGUCAACUUUAAGAAGCAGAGUUCUUACUCGGUCGAUUCCCUCGGCACUCCAUAUGAUUAUGGUAGUAUAAUGCAUUACGGUACAAGUUACUUCAGCAAAAACGGACAGCCAACAAUUGUAGUAAAGAAACCUGGGGUAAGACCAUAUAAUGUCGUAUAGGUUUGAAAUGGGAAUAAAAGACUUCGAUUUGGCACUUACUGACCUUUGUUUUCAAGACACUUUUAGUUACUUUUGUAUUAAGUCCCUACUCAGACGGCUUCUAUGUUUACGUGAUGAUCUGAGCCAUUACAGCGAAGGUCUAGCCUCUUUUAGAGAGCAAAAGGAAGUUUUCCUCCUUCGGCGUAUAUUUUUUGUCCCGCCAAAGUAUUGGCCUGGUCCUGAUCACAUGUUAACGGUCAGUUCUCGUGCGGCUUUAAACCCCCAGGCUCAAAUCGGCCAGAGGAGAGGUCCCAGUGCUAUUGAUGUCAAGCAGAUGAAUCUGCUGUACAAAUGUAAAAACACUGGGAGUGGAGGUGGUAAGUCUGAUUUGACGUUUUUCCUUGAUACUGAUGUGACUUUGACAGACAUAAUUGUGAUCUACUCAUCAAUCAAUUUCCAUACGCUAAAAAAAAACAAACAAACAAAAAUACUCUGGUUACGUAUGGGUACCAACUUGGAUCAAGCAAUUUGACCAAUUGCCCUCGCCUUAGCCGGCUAUGAGCGUCUCUCACUUUUUUAGAUUCAGUGAGGGGAGUGCACACGCGCAGCAAGCGUUGAGUGGCAACCCGACAGACGAGGCUCUUUCUGCCACGCGCGUGGUCAUUUUCGUUUCUUGCUCGUUUCGCACGAAAGAAUAUAGAAAAAAAGAGAGACUGCUCGAAGUCUGCUCUCGUCUACAUCCUGACAACUUUUGUGACUUCUCAAUUAGUUAGAAUAGAAUUAACUCCGAAGGACAUAUCAGUGAGUGAUAUGUUCUUUGGAAAAAAUUGUUUGCAUCUCAUAUUUUAAUUUCAUUCGUACGCGUUUAUAACAGUUUCAUAGAUUUUUGGAAUCGUCAAAUUUCAAAUUAAAAUAUUCUUGGUUCGAAAUACUCACAACGACGAAUCAUUAUUCUUUUAGGAACACCCAUUCCAACGACAGGUAAGCUUCAAAAUAAAAAAAAUACAUGUAAAUAACUGUGAAUGAAAACUAAAUUUUAGUAAGUUACCGUCUUAAAGCGAAGUGCUAAGGCCAUGGAAGAGCUUAAGUGAAUGAGAGUAUCGACAAAGAUUUCCCUGGAGAAUUCAAGGGAAAGGAUCCUUAGUUUAACUUUGAGCAGAAACAUAGCGUGGAACUCUCUUUUUAUGUUUGAGUAGCAAUCUGUAUUAAGCAAUUUGAGCAAUUGCCCUCACCUUAGACUAAUGACGGGAGUGCACGCGCGCGUGAGCGUUGAGUGGCAAAACGCGAGAGACGAGGCGCUUUCUGCCACGCACCUGGUCAUUUUUGUUUCUCUUGGGUUUCGCCCGACAGAAUAAGAAAAAAGAGAGAUUGCUCGUAGUCUACCUUCGUCUACACCCUGGCAACUUAUGUUCUCAUCUAGUGACUGGAUAAAAGUAACUCCAAAGGACAUAUCAGUGAGUGAUAGGUUCUUUGCAAAACUUUUUUUUUUUCAUCCCAUAUUUUCAUUCGCCGGCGUUUACUGACAGUUUCAUAGAUUUUUGGAUCCGUCACUGAUUUAAAAAGUAUUAUUGAUUUUCAAUACUCACAAUGACGAAUCAUUAUUCUUUUAGGAGCACCCAUUCCAACAACAGGUAAACUUCAAGAUAAAAGAAAUGUAAAUAACUGUGAAUGAAAACUAAAGUUUAGUAAGUUACCUUCUUAAAGCGAAGAGGUACGGCCAUGAAAGAGCUAAAAAGUGGAUUGAGAGUAUCGAAAAAGAUUUGCCCGGAGAAUUGAAUUCAAGGAAAAAAAAUCUUUAGUUGAACUUUCAGCAAAAACUUAGCUUUGAGCCAUGUCUAGCAUAAAGUGUUAUGAUCCCAACGAGUCUGGGUCCUUGAUUCCUCCCAUGUAAGGACCGAAUUCCAGAAUCCGGGAAAUGUUGGCUAGUCACUGAAUCCGGAAUCCGGUAAACUUAUGCUUGGGAAAGCUGGAAUCCUGGGCUUUGGAAUCUGGAAUACAGCUUUAGGAAUCGCAAAUCCCACUAACGAUUGGAAUUCAAAAUCCAAAGUUCCUCUUACAAAGACUGGAAUCCAGUACCAGGCCGAUCCGGAAUCCACUGUGUGAAAUCCAGAAUCCAAAACUGUCUUGGAUUCCCUUACGUGGGGCGACUUGAAAGAGUGGAUAUUUUUUUUCUUUGUCUUUAAUUUAAGUGAGGACCGACCUGUUGAACAAAGUGUUCAACGGAACUUGUUAGUUUUACUCAUAUCAUAAUAAAUGCUUCCGUCCAACAGUCCCGUGCGUUGACACAUAUGGUUCUUGUGCUAAAUACACAAAGUAUUGUACGACCCAUAGCUUCAUGAAGAAGAACUGCAAAAAGACAUGCAAUCUCUGCUGA